AUGCCAUUGAUCAUGGAAGAGGGCCUCAAUGUCGACGAUCUCUUUGGGGAAUCCGGCUCCCUCGAGCUGGGCCUGACUGCGGGUCCACCCCCGACCAAAGGCUUAGCACAAUGCCAGGAUGAGAUGCGUCUCUUAGGAUGCCGCCAGAAGAUUGCCUGGUCCCGACUGGGAUGUAUCGCAUAUAUAUCCGCAGAUGGCCUACGAGUCAAUGUGUGCCAUCUGAAAUGUAGACCCUCAGAUGGAAAAUGGGUCCUAAGUGAAGACACUCCACUCACCGCCGUCACCGAGGCCCAUGGCGGUACUUCGCUCGUCCACCUGUCCUGGAAUGAGACGGGCUCCGAAAUGGCGGUCGUAGACUGCCUUGGACGGAUCUCCAUAUAUUCAGUCUCAAUAGCCUUGAACAGUAUCACGGCUGUUAGACAGACUCAUUUCGAUUCCAGUGAUGAUAGUAAUCAAAUCGUUGGCAUGAUGUGGCUUAAUACUCAAAGAAUGGUACAUGCCUUUCACCAAGCGGCCAAGGUCAAUGGCCGAUGGGCUUACUCGCCCUUUCGUCGUCGUCCAAUUGGUCCCUUUCAUCCUGCCAAUAAAAAUGCCCUGAUCUGUGUGACCCGAGCAGGCCAGAUCCGGCUUAUAUUCCAGAAUCCAGACAGCAAAUGGGCUGAACUGCCCGCAGAGCUGAAGAGCACUGGGUACUCAGAUAGGCUAUUAACUCAUGCUUCGAUUGUUGCAACUCAAGCUGGUAUCUUGAUUACAACCUACUCGGUAUGCCAAAAAAUAUGCCUAUACCGAGUACAAAUUUCCUGGAAUCCACCACAAUGGGACAACGCUCAAGCGAAACAGCCCAUCCAAUUUCCCAUUCCAUCAUUCGCCUUUCAGCAUUGCAAGAUUGACAUGCCAAGCAGCAUCUUUAAUGUCAAUCAGGGGUCUGGGGAACAUGCGGACCAUCCAUUACCGUUUCACAAUUCCAUUUAUUCAUUGACUUGGCUGGAGAUUAUGCCUGGUCAAAUAGAUAGCCCAACAGGAUCAACGGCUAGUCCUUGGAUCCUAGCUGUAUUUGCCAAGCCACUUCAUGCCACACCUGAAUAUCCAGAUCAACAAGGGCCUCCUAGUGUCAUUGUUCGAUGGCAAUUGGAAACUGCCUCUCAGGUUUUCCAUCCCAAGUUUGAUGAAGUUGCACCGAAGAAGAGCAAUGCUCAAGUCAAGUCCAAAAUGGAGCUGCGUCGGCUAGACGACAUCCACUGCGAUAAAUAUAUUGUGUCAGUGGAUAUAGUGGAACAUGGAACUGCUCUGGCUGUCACGCAUGAUGACAGUUCGAUCGCAUUCUAUGACACACGGACAAUGGCUGUCUUUAAUGGAUUGCACGAUGCCAGCACAGUGACUUGCCUGGCUCAAGCAGGCUUCCAGUUCCCAAUGGACUCAGCCGGUAUUUCAAUUGCCUUCUCUCCUAACUCCUGCGCUGCUAUAGCGCUGGAUUCAGAAGGACAAACACAUCUGAGGACGAUGGAACACCCAUUUGGAUCCAACGAUGGCCUUUAUGAUGACAGCAAAUUUUCAUGCGCUAUUGCGGCACUCACCCUUGCUUUCAGUCGUGGAUGCGGCGCCGAGGUGAACACAGAUGAUAUUCUCAUGGUUGCUCUAAGGCAGCUCACACCUGAGGCCCAAUCGACAUUCAGCGGCGAAGUAUAUCGGGCCUUGCCAGUGAACGUCAACUGGACCGUUGAAACCGAGAAGCUCAUGGCCCAUCCAUACAUUCCUCGAUGUCUAAGUCUGCAGGCUGCACUGGGCUUCAAGGGAAAACUUAAGCGCCGAAGCCUUUCAUCUGCUGUUCCAUGGGCGAUUCUUCAGCUUCGCCAUGCCGCUGUCCUAAUAGCAUAUUUUUUCCAACAUGGGAAUAAAGGCCAGGGCGAGGCACAUGAUCCAGAAAUCCUCCGAGUGCUUCUGGGCAAUAUUAAAUGGGUUCUAGACUUCAUCCAGUUCAUCUUGAGCGAGGCAUUCGACCUCGCCGAUGAGUUCGACACUCUGUUCACCGACCAAGAGGCCUUCACCCAGAAACUGAAAACCGUCAACUCCGUUCCCCUCCUCAUCCUCAUCUCCAGCAUGUCCCGCGCCUUCCUCCGCUUCGUCUGCCGUGGUCUUCGCGGCGUCCACAGCGGCUUCACACAAACGAACCCAGCAACACUCCCCAGCGUCUCAAGAGCCUACUACACCGAGAUAUGUCAAAUCCUCGAGUCCUCACCCGUCCGCAUCGACGUCUACGAAAAAUUCCUCGCAGGCGUCGACUCCGCCGUGAAACACGCCUACCAAGGUUCCGGCUUCGGCGAUGCAGAACGACCCGGUCCUGAGAAGGAACUGCUCAUCAACGCACGCAUUCCACCCGUCCUCGUGACAGCUGUCGCAACACUCCUGAGGCAAACAGUUCCCUCAAUGAAAGCAGAAAUUAACCGCAAAGACAUCCUUCUGGGCGACUAUAGCUGGCUUGGUUUUGGGACCGAUGCCCGCACAGCGAUGUACCGCCGACACAGGGAUGUUGAUAUCCUGAAGAAAGUCCCCCUGCGACCACCGCUCGCUGUUGGACGGAAUGGCAGAGUUGUUCAGCCGCAGAAGAGACGGAGAUGUGUGCGCUGUGGUGAGGUCUCUGGUGAUGCGGCGUUGCCUAAGUCUUUGACUUAUUUUAAGAUGGUUGCCAAGUUGAAUAUGUUGCGUUGUUGUCCGUGUGGGGGCAUGUGGAUGUUAGAGUCCGAACCUGGCGAGAGGGAUGGGAAUAAUUUGUCGCAUGGGCAGCAUGCCUAA